GUGGCCUCUCUCUCUCUCUCUCUCUCUCUCUCUUUUUAAUUUAAACAUGAAACACUUAAAUCAUAUACGCUUUAUUUUUUUCCUGUUCUCUUUGACUGAAUCCCUAGCCCUACCCACAAAGCCUCAGGACAUAGAUCACCUCAGUGCUACCCAGAAAUUCAUAGACGAGAACACUGCUUACCUGACCAUUAUCGCAGUUUCUCAGUAUGUUCAGGAAGCAUCCUUUGAUGAGGUGGAAAUGCUGGUGAGAGCCAUUAUGGAUCACAAGAAUAGGUGCUUGGCUGAUAGUACACUUCCAGAGUGUUCAAAAGUAGCUAACGAGGCUAUACAGGACUCAAUCUGCGCUGUGGAGGGGCUGCCCCAGAAGCGUAACUUUUCUCACUGCUGUGAAAACGCCAGCAUUCCAAGAAGACUGUGUUUCUUCUUCAACAAGAAAGCUAACGUGGGAUUUCUACCCCCUUUCCCUACUCUGGAUCCAGAAGAGAAAUGCCAAUCUUAUAAAAAUAACAGCGAAUCUUUUCUAAACCACUAUAUGUAUGAGGUUGCCAGGAGGAACCCCUUUGCCUUCGCCCCUGUUCUUCUAACUGUCGCAGCCCGGUUUGAAGAGGCAGCCACCAUGUGCUGUGAGCAGCAGCAGAAGGCCACCUGCUUUCAAGCCAAGGCAGCUCCAAUCACACAAUAUUUAAAAGCAUUGUCUUCUUAUCAAAAAACUGUUUGUGGAGCCUUUAUAAAAUUUGGACCCAACAUCUUAAACUCUAUAAACAUUGCUGUAUUCAGUAAAAAAUUCCCCAAGAUUGGGUUUAAGGACCUUACUUCCCUCUUAAAAGACGUUCAUUCUAUGUAUGACGGAUGCUGUGAAGGGGAUGUUGUUCAGUGCCUCCGAAGCCAGAGCCAGGUGAUGAGUCAUAUUUGUUCAAAACAAGAUUCCAUCUCAGGUAAAAUCAAAGAGUGCUGUGGAAAGAAAACACCAGAGCGUGAAGACUGUAUAAUCAACACGAACAAGGACGACAGACCUGAAGACUUAUCUCCCAGAGAACCCAAAUUUACUGACAGUGAAAAUGUGUGUCAAGAACGAGAUUCUAACCCGGACAAGUUCUUUGCUGAGUUUACUUAUGAAUACUCCAGGAGGCAUGCUGAACUGUCUACACCGGAGCUUCUAAGAAUUACUAAAGUGUAUAAGGAUCUCCUGGAAGAUUGCUGCAGCAGAGAAAGCCCGGCAGCUUGUUACCGCCAUGCGGAGGAUAAAUUCAAUGAGACAACUGAGAGAAGCUUUGCAAUGGUUCAACGGGAAUGCAGACACUUCCAGGAGCUGGGGAAGGAUGCUCUGAGAUCCCAUUACCUUGCCAAGUUCACCAAGGCAGCCCCUCAGCUCUCUGUGGAAGAACUGAUCUCCCUGAGUAAGGAAAUGGCGGCAGCGCUGGCAACCUGCUGCACCCUGAGUGAAGAGUUUGCUUGUGUCGAUAACUUGGCGGAUUUGGUUCUUGGAGAAUUAUGUGGAAUAAAUGAGAACCGAACUAUCAAUCCUGCUGUGGACCAGUGCUGCAAGGCAGACUUCGCUUUCAGAAGGCACUGCUUUGAGCAUCUGAAAGCUGACACAACCUACGUGCUCCCCUCGGUCUCUGCACUUGUAUCUGCUGUGCAUGCAGACUGGUGCCAGGCUCACCAGGAGGACCUUCAGGAUAAGAAAGACAGGUUUAUGGUCAACCUGGUGAAGUGGAUGCCAGAGAUAACAGAUGAGGAGCGCUUAUGUUUGUUCGCAAAGUUCACAGCUGCUGGGGAGAAAUGUGGCCAAGUGCAGGAGCCUGAAGCCUGUUUCAGCCCAGCGGUAGGGUUCAAAAAUUGAUAAUGAAAGUCAGGCUGCUGAGAAGCAAAGAUAAAUACCAGAGCCAGUACCAGCUUACAGCCUCC